AAAACUUCCCAUAAAUCCUAGGAAAUGUACUUUUUCCUCACAGGAAAGUGAAUCUGGAUCAGUGACGACACUUCCCUUCUCCUUGGAUUCUGUGAUUUGUCGACAAAAGUUUUCCAGCAAGACGUUGUGGAAGUGUUUUUUUUUCUCUCUCGCUUUGUAACAACGAUACUUUUUGAUUGCCAAUUUCUGCGAAAUAGACAUAAUGUCUCCCCCAUCAAGAAGGCUUCAAACUAAGCCAGUGAUUACAUGUCUCAAGACCUUUCUUAUAUCUUACAGUCUCAUAUUUUGGUUUACAGGGGUUAUCCUUCUGGCAGUUGGAGUAUGGGGGAAGGUGAGCCUGGAAGCUUAUUUCCAGCUGGCCUCUGAGAAGAGCACCAAUGCACCAUAUGUCCUCAUCGGGACUGGAGCCAUCAUCAUCAUUUUUGGCCUGUUUGGUUGCUUCGCUACAUGCCGCGGUAGCCCAUGGAUGCUGAAGCUGUAUGCCAUGUUCCUGGUGCUGGUGUUCGUAGCUGAGUUUGUGGCCGGCAUCUCUGGCUUCUUAUUCAGACAUGAGAUAAAGGCUGUAUUAGGUGGUGCCUAUAAAGACGCUGUGACCAACUACAAUACCACUGACCCCAAAAGCUCUGCGGUUGACACCAUCCAGAAGACUUUGCACUGCUGUGGAGUGGAAAGUUAUAAGGACUGGAACACAACAAAGUACUUCAAAGACCAAGGCAUCCCUGAGAGCUGUUGCAAAGAGGACGCUGUCUGCACUGUCGAGGACCUCAAGGACCUUGACAAGGCUCGCGACUUUGUGUAUGACACGGGCUGCUUCUCGAAGGUGACCACUUUGAUGGAGUCUAACCUGGGAAUCAUUGCCGGAAUAUCUUUUGGAAUUGCAUUCUUCCAGCUCAUUGGGGUGUUCUUGGCCUGCUGCUUGUCUCGAUACAUCACCAACAACCAGUACGAGAUGGUCUAGCAGUGUCCUUUCACAGAAUACACUCUCGCUGACACUCACUUUUCCAUGGCAACCAGACUGAAGGGAAAAAGUUAUUGGAAACCAUAAGGGAUCUAUUUCUGCAGUUCUCCAUCAUCGAUUUGAUUAAGCUUUGUCUUGUUAAGACUAGUGGAAUAUAGUUUAUUGUGCUUGACUGUUCAUUUGGUAUUCACAGACUUUAUAAAUGUAAUUUUUUCAUUCAUUGUCUGUUUAAUGUUAUUAUACAUGACAUAUGUAUUGCAAUUUUUUUUGGUGAGCUUAGCCAAAAUAUUCAUGUUAUGUCCAUAUUCAUUUCAUUCUCCAUCAUAAAUGCUGCUGUCAUAUUCUAGUUAUAUGGCAUCUUGUGGUUAAAGUGAUCUUACUGUAGUCUGUUAUUUUCAUGAUCAGCAUUACAGUGACUGUAGUAGUGACAGAUUAGGCCAUCUGUAACACCACAGUAACUUCCAUCCAUCUCUUCUGUGGAGACAAGGAGAAAAGUAUUGGAAGUUGUGUAGUAGCCUUUGCGGGUAGAGGGAUGGAUUGCAUGCUGUAGACACUUAGUUAAUAGAGAAGAGAACAAUUAUACACCACCAUGAUUCUCGUGGGAACGAAAAGGUGUUUUAUAAGCCUUUCAUGUUAUUUACUGUAACUUUUGUGUGCAAGUCUUGUUCACGUUUUCCAAAAAUAUGCAUUUCCUCAGAUGAAAAUAAUUGUCAGUGUUAAUGGUUGUUGAUUUGUGGAAACCGCAUGUAAAAAUAAUUGAAAAAAUAAAAAAGGAACCUGAACUCUUUAAAACAA